AUUGAUGAAUCUUUAGCUGGAAAAGUUUACCGGUCAAUUGUUCAUCCAAAAUAUUAUCAAAUUAAUUGUUCCUCGUCAAGUGAAGAUCUUGGUUGUGAUUUAAAUGAAAUUCGUUCGGCAAUCGAUGAAAUUGUGGUCCAACAGAAGCUCAUCGAUCAUGAUAUACCCUAUUCAUGGAUUCAAUUCGAUUCGAUUAUUGAUAAAUUGGUUCGAAAGGGAAUUCAUUUUGUUGAUCUGAGUCAAAUUUACGAAUUGACGAAAGUUCAUAUCGGUGAUAUUAAAUCAAUGGAAACUCUUCAGGCGAUUCUACAUUUUUAUCAUCUUUCCGGUCGAUUGUUCCUAUUUAAAUCAACUUAUUCCAAUCCGAGUGAGAUGUUAAUUGUUCUUGAUCCAGUUUGGUUUGUCAAUUGUUUCUAUCAAUUAUGUCAAGUAGCUUCAAUUACGCCUUGUGAUCCAAAUGAUUCUGGACGGAUAACGGGAAUAUUGACCGAUCAAGUGAUCACCGAAUCAUGGAAGGAGUUUAUUGAACAUAAAACGGUUCUUCUUGGUUGCCUCGAGAAAUUGGACAUAAUUUGUGAACUUGGAAGUGGCUUCGAUCUUGAAGAGGUUAACGAUAUGGCCUCGCUUCGGGUUCACCCGAAGGUUUACCUUUUCCCCUGGAUAGCUCAAGUUAAUCGAGAUUCCGAUUUUCUGGUCACCGAUCAACAGGCGAUCGCAUUAGAAUUACUCAAUUCUUUUAAAUUUUCGAUUAAUUUUAAAAAUCUUUUACCGAUUGGCCUUUUCUCUCGACUGGUUGUCCGUUUAUGUCGUUGGUCUUGGAGACAAGGCUGGGGUCGAAGGCCAGAAACUUGGCAUAGUUGGGCGAGGCUAGCGGUUGAUUUUGAUCACGAUUUAGUUAUUAAGGUUAAUUUAGCUCGUCGACGUUUUUUUAUCAUAAUUAUCAAAAUUUACGACACCGUUGGAAGUGAACUUGACCCAAGUUUCAUUGGACCCGCUCCUAAUGUCUGUGUCAAGUCUCGUCAUCUUAUCGAAAGUGAAAUGGAAACGUUACAAAAUUGUUACUAUCGACGGAUAAUUUACUCGCUCGAAGUGCCUUGUCCUUGUGAUCUGAUCUGCAAAGAUCAUAUGAGAAAAUGUUGCACCGAAGAGAACUGUCUCCAUUUUAUCCCUUUAAAUAAGUGUCUCAGUAAAAAGGUCGUUGAAUGUGAUUACCGACAAAUCCGCACAAAUUUUGUCCAAAAAUAUUUUCCCGUUUUGCCAUAUUUUAAUACUUCAACUUCUGGUCAUUUCUCAGGUAUGACCGACGAUUCGGCUUUAUCUUUAUAUGAACACUCUUAUAUUAACACGUACGAGGAUAUUUUCCGACUCGAGCCCCUUUGGAUGAGAGAUGCGGCCAAAAUGUUGAUCAAUUCAAGUCCAGGUCGUGAUUGGUUAGCAUUGGCUCGUCGCUUGGGUUAUACCGAUAAAGAUGUCGCCCGUUUGAUUGACGAUGUCUCACCUUCGCUCGCGUUGAUUCACGAUUGGUUUGAAAGUAAUGGACGAACUCGUUAUUGUAUCGAUGUUUUAAUGUCUUGUUUGCAAAUGAUUUCGCGGGAAGAUGUAAGACAAAUAAUUGAGGUCGAUUUACAGCCGAUCGGUACAGCACCACCAGUUUUCCUUAGUUACCAAUGGGACUCCCAGAAACUUGUCCUUGAUCUAAGACGUCGAUUGGAAAUGGCUGGUUUUCCGUGCUGGAUGGACAUUGGCCUUAUGGGUGGAGGUGACUCGCUCUAUGGUAAAAUCUAUGAAGGGAUUAGCAAAGCUCGAGUUAUAAUCGCGUGUCUCACACCUCGUUAUGCUUCCUCACGAAUUUGCGCUCGCGAGGUGACCCUUGCCGAUGUCCUUCGUAAACCAAUAUUGCCCGUUAUGCUCGAACCAACGCCUUGGCCUCCGCCAGGACCGAUGGCAGUGGUCAUGAGCUCCCUCGUAUUUGUUGAUUUAUGUGGUGUCGGAGGUCACGGAGGUAUUGGUAAAAAUGGAGAUUCGGAGACUCGAUUUCGAGAUAUUCUCAACACGAUUUCCCGUUGUAUCGCUGGUAAUCCCGAUUCUUCAAUUCCUAAUCGUAAUCAAACUUUAAAUCAUUUAUUUUAUCCGAGGUCAAGUGACCCGAGAUUAAGUUUGACCACAAUAACACCCGAUUUACGAUCAGAUAGUCCAAAUUUACAACAAGAAAGGCCAACAACUUCAACCGAACCCGAUGAGAUGGUUGAUUAUUAUGCUAUGGAAAGAGUAGUUGAAGAUAAUUCCGGUGAUGAAAUCUCAGUGAUCUCUCGAUUAACCAACAAUCCAAGUAACAACAAUCGUAUAUCAAACUGUUCAAUUUGUAAUAUCGUUUAAAACUCCAAUCACAAUUAACUAAAUUAUCUAUGAGUGGGAAAAAGUUUUUACAAAUUUAUCAGAAAUCUGAACAGUUAACUUAUCAUCUUGAUUGUGUUAAUUGUUGAUUUUCUGUUUCGCUUUUUGAUUAACCAAAAUACACUCACACUCCCAAAGUAAUUGACAAAAUAAAUCAGUUAAUCACAAUUUAAAUAUCAUAAACAAAUUACCUUAAACAAUGAAAAUUUAUUUUUCCAAUUUAUUAAUUGAAAAUAAUCAUUUCUUUAAUUAUAUUAGAGGGAAAAGUGUAGAAACAAUUAAAUUUGAUUGUUUUUCUUUUGCUUGAUCCAAACAAUAACCCACCACAGGUCAUAGCAAAUUGUUUUUCCCAAAAAUACAUAAUAUUUAUAUUUAGUUACCUUGAUAAUUAAUUAAUUUGAUAGUUAAUCAUAAAUUGUUUUCGUUGUGUGAUUUUGUCUUUUGUUUUGGCAACAACAAUAAUUGUCCGCCGACCACAAGUUAAUUGCAAUAAAGUGAUAAUUGAUAGGAGAUGAAAAGUAAAUUGUUUAUAUCCAUUAAUGGUUAAUUGUUAAUUAAAUUGCUUAAAAUCUAUUGUUCAUGGCCA